AUUAGAUAUGUUACAAAGAAGCUUCUUCAUCGACGUUGUAAUGCACUACAUUUUUGGUUUGACUUUGAGUCAUCUUCUACUUGCCAUUUCUGAAGUUACUGAAGGGGUUUAACAGACUGGAACAUCUCGUUGCUUUCACAACACUUAUGCAUUCCACGGCUAUGCAGAAACUACCCUUUUUUUUAGUUCUGUAGCAUUGUUUUUAGACAGAAUCCCAAUGAAGUGAAUGGGAUUUGUAGCAAAUAUUCAAUGGAGAAACUGAAUCAUAUAUACGACUAAAACAUGUUUAAGACAUGGAAGAGCGACAAGAAAAAGAUCAAAGUUUUAUUUCAGUUGCAGUUUCAGGCAACUCAGGUGCCAAGGUUGAAAAAGUCUGCGGUAACGAUAGCACUGGUGCCGGAGGAUGUUGGAAAGCCGACGCUGAGACUAGAGAAAGUCGCAGUUCAGGAUGGGAGUUGUUUGUGAGAGAAUCCUGUCUAUGAAACUGUGAAACUCAUCAGGGAGCCAAAAACAGGGAAACUGGGUGAAAAGAUUUACCAUUUCAUUCUUUCAAAUGGAUCAUCAAAAGCAGGUUUUCUCGAUGAAGCUUCAAUUGAUUUUUCUGAUUUUGCAGCAGAAACUGAACCAAUUACUGUCUCUCUGCCCCUUAAGCUUGCUAACUCUGGUGCCAUUCUAUAUGUGACAAUUCACAAAAUUGAGGGAGGAGCAGGUCAGAGAUAUCUUGGAGAAAGUGAAGGCUUGGCCAUUUCCUUGGAUGGAAGCCUACAAAAACAAGACAACAAUUACAGUGAUGGGCACUUGAAUAUGACCACAUAUCAGAAUGCUGAACAAGAUGGUAGCAUUAAAGCAUCCAGUGGCUCUACUGCUAUAUUAGCAUCAUGCUGGGACAUUGGUUCUGAACAACCGAAAAAGACUAGUACCAGUCAGGACCCUGCCGGCUUCUUUCCAUCUAUACGGCAGAAUUCUAUGUCUCAGAGGGGAGCAGAUGCUGUCAUGACUAAAAAGCACAUGCAGCGGAGAACAAACACAGAUUGGUCACUCAAUUCAAAUUCAGAUGGAAAUCUAGUUGAGUCAGGUAAUGGCCCUGAAGACAUCCCAAGAGAAUGGCAAGAGGGAUCAGAAAAUUCUUUUGAGAAACUCAGAAGAGAAAAUGCUAUGUUAUUGAGCCAGGUAGAAGUAUCAGAAUUAGAGCUGCAAUCUCUUAGGAAGCAGGUUUUGAAAGAGGGCAAAUAGACACAGGAUCUGUCAAGAUAAAUCAUCAGCCUUAAAGAAGAAAGAGAUGCAGUGAAGACAGAGUUUGAAUGACUCAAGUCAAAGAAAAAUACAGAUGAGGCAGAAAUUAAAAGCAAACUAGAAGCUGAAAAAGAGGAGUCAAAGGUUCUGCUAGAAGAAAUUAGGCAGGAGCUGAAUCAUGAAAAGGACUUGAAUAACAAUCUUUGUUUGCAGCUGCAGAUGACACAGGAUUCAAAUUCUAAUCUGAUUCUUGCAGUAAGAGACCUCAAUGAAAUACUAGAGCAAAAGAACAGAGAAAUAUCUCACCUCUCCAGCGAGAUAGAAGCAAGUAUGAGUAUUGAAGAGAAGGAACAACAUGAUGCUAAUGAAGUAAUCAUGAUCAAGCAGACAACCACAGACCUGAAUGCAGAGUUAGAGUUUUACAGGAAACAUAAAGAGGAGUUAGAGAUGCAUAUAGAAGAACUGAACCAGGAAAAUGACAGUAUCUCUUCCCAGUUAAAACAAAAUCAGCAAAAAGAAUCAAUGAAGCCACAAAAUGAGUUCUCAGAAUCUUUAGCUACGAUAAAUGAACUUGAAUCUCAAGUGCAUAGACUAGAGGAUAAAAUCAAGCAGCAGUCAGAAGAAUACUCAGAAUCUUUAAUUGCCACCAACAAACUUGAAAGUCAAGUUAAAGAAUUAAAGAACGAGCUGGAGAUUCAGACACAAGGGUUUGAAGAUGACCUCAAUGCCAUGAUAUGUGCCAAAACAGAGCAGGAACAGAGGGCAAUCCAUGCAGAGGAGGCCUUAAGAAAGACAAGGUGGACAAAUGCGGUUACUGCUGAGCGGCUUCAGGAGGAAUUUAAAAGGCUAUCUGUUGAAAUGGCCACUAAGUUUGAUGAGAUUGAAAAGAUGAACAUGAAAGCAGUCACUGAAGCCAAUGAACUGCACAUGCAAAAAAGAAAUCUGGAAGAAAUGCUCCAGAAAGCCAAUGAAAAGCUCAGGCUACUUAAGGAUCAGACUGAAAUUGAACGACAAGACCUUUUACACCAACUAGAUCUCAAAAAAAAAAAACAAAUAGAGCAAAUGUCAAUGGAACUUGAUGAUAAGACCACACUACUUGAAUAUGCAGAAAAGCAAGAGAAGAAAUGCAGAACUGAGAUUGAGAAGCUCAGUGAGCAGAGAAGCCAAUUUAUGGAUCAGGCAAAAGAAAAUGGAAAGCAAAGUGAUGAAACCAAAAAUGUUAAGACAUCAAGUGACAAAACUGAGAUGCUGAUACAAAGAUGGACUAUAGAAAUAGAUGAAUUGGAGAAAAAAAUCGCUUCGGCAAAGAAGGAAGCAGAGAAGGCACAGGAACAAUUAAUUAGUACAAGGUCUUUGAAGGAAAAUAUAGAGAUGGUGGUCAGGAAUUUGCAGUCAGAAACGGAAAAUAUCAGAGUGGAGUAUAAUGACUUAAAACAUAGCUUGAUUCAAGAAGAAAUGGAGAAUGAAAAACUGAGAAAACAGGUUUCUCAGUUAAAGAAUGACCUGCAGAAGAAGGAAGAAAUCAGCUCUAUACAGAAAGAGCUCAAAAGUAAUGGCAGUCAAGUGGACAUCACUGCCAGGAGCAGCCACUCUACCUCAGCUCCUGAAGAGUCCAAGGAUAUCGCUAGUUUGCAGAAGAAAUUAAGGUUGCUUAAGGUAGUUGUUCAAAUACAACGCUUAGAAAUUAAAAACAGUAUCUGUUAUGCAUGGAAAGAUUACGAACAGAUAAGCCUCAAGGAAGCUGCAUUGAAAAUAUCAGCUAACUCAGCUCCAGAGAAAGAAAGAAAUCUCAGCAACAUGAUUGAAGAGCUCGAGAGCAGAAUGGAACAACUCAAAAAUCUCAGCAACAUGAUUGAAGAGCUUGAGAGCAGAAUGGAACAACUCAAAAUUUGUCGUUUUUCUGCAGACCAUUGUCAAAAGGAAAGCAUAUCUUCUGGAGUCUUUUCUGCAAAUGUCACCAAAUCUGAAGAAAGAGGAAAGUCACGAGACAACAUGCUCCAUUCUAUGAGCACUACAGAGGGCACGGCUUUCUCAACAGGAGCAGUACCAGUUGAAAACAAUGGUGCUACUCUUGCCAAUUUGCUAAGUGAAGUGGAACAUCUUAAGGAAAGGAAUAAAUCUAUGGAGCAUGAGCUUAAAGACAUGGAACAAAGAUAUUCAGAAAUAAGCCUCAAAUUUGCAGAAGUGGAAGGUGAAAGACAGCAACUUGUGAUGAUGGCACGAAACCUUAAGAAUGCCAAGAACAACUAGUAUGUUCAGAGAUGUAGUAUGUUGGACAAAUAACACUAAGCAGGUGAAGCAACUGAUCCUCUAAACAGAAAAUCCAUGUGUGAUACUUACAUCAAAGUUCAAUUAAGUAAUCCUUUUCAUUUGAACUAGCGAAACAGCAUUCCUCCUUUCUUUAGUGCUCAUCUCUCCUGUUAGGAACACUGAAAAAUUAGAUUCAACCAAUUAGGCCAAAAGCUCAAGCAGCAAAUCUGGAUUUUGUGGCUUUAAAUGUUUAGAUACCUACAGACCAAAUAGAUACAUAGGAACCAAUCCACUGCCUCCUUCAUUUUGCUCAAUAAAUUAAAAUCUAUAAUUAAGUUUGAGGAAG